AUGAUCUCAAUGAUAGAUCAUGCGAAUUCGCCUUCCUCUCCCUCCUCUCCAACCCAGCAGGCUGGUAUGCAAAUUACCUUGAGUUAUAGGCUUUUCUUAGUUAUCCUUCUCGGGCUAUCCUGCGGAACGUUCGAUAUCGACGUACCACCUCAAGUCUCCGUUGGUGAUGUCAAAUCCUACGGGUGGAGAUGGCAUGAUUCUGAACUCCGGCGUGAUUUGAAAGGCAUGUUUGUGGUAAUGCUUGCUUUGUCUCCAGAAGGCGUCGAAUGUCCUAGUCAGCCAAGUCAGGCAGGGAUAGGAGAGGUGUUAUCUCAAAUCGUGGAGGAUUUCUCUAUAGCCAAGAAACCUGACAGAGAUGACGAUGAUCGUUCUGGAAAUGUGUUUCUUUCCACAGGCAAGACAGGGCCUCAUGCCGUCUGUGUAUACGGGAACGUGUCAUCGAAGGCCGUGGCUUCUGGAGAGUUCGAAAUUAAGCAAGGCAACGUUAGGCAAGACGCCUUCACUCAUCUACAAAUGGUCAUUGCUCAUGUGUUUUUUAAUCAAUCCGAGGCAUUCGAGGUUUCUCCGCGUCCAGGAACUAGUAGCACAACUCCUUCUACCAGUUCGACCUCUUCUACCAGACCGAUCUCUUCUACCCCCUCGAUCUCUUCUACCAUAGCAAUCCCUUCGACCACAUCAAUUUCUUUUUCUUCUACCGCAUCAGUCCAGGCUUCUCCACCUCAGAGUCUUUCGUCAAGCUUUGGAGGUCCAAGUGGUCACAGUCAGAACGGAAGCAUUACUCGGGACCAUUCUGCGGUCCAGGUUGCUCAAAUUGUUGGCGGGGUUGUGGGAGGCACAGUUCUUGUUUCUCUGGUCCUUCUUCUGUUCCUAUUCCGGGCAAGGAACCGGCGCAAAUCCCAACAGUUUUGUCGAAGAAGUUCACGUGUGAUCACGCCCUACGAUUUUGCGGCGGUCGAAACUGCAAGCGUUCAGACUGGACAACGUGAAAAAAAUUCGCGAAUCCCUACACGUUUGCCGCGAGCGUGGAUUGCGCGUCAGCAGCCACGAGAGAAAGCCCGGCGAGUGCACCAACAACCAGAUUACCACAGCAUUCAAACCGCUCCCACAGAGUCGACUUCUGACGUUGAACCUCCAGUCCAACCAAUUCCAUCACAAGGGUUCGGGAAUCCUACGACGGCAGGCCCAGCACCGAACGAAGCACCAGCCACUUCAAAUGAGGAAAGGCCCAGGGAGACGAACGUUCCUACGGACUCGGAGCCUCGGUACAUGGUAAUGCACGCAGAUAGCGGAUGGAGACCUGCACAUACACCAGGACCCAGCUACGUUGAUGUACCCCCUAGUUACAAUGACGCAACAUAA